UGCUGUAGAUUCAGCGUACAAGCAGAGAAAACGACAAGCAAGCACAGGCACGCCCAUCACGUAAUAAGCAAACCCCCUCCCCCCCUACAGACAGGCCCAGGGUCAAGAGGCAAGCCAGGCAGCAGCAUACAGCAGCGCCUGCUAUCGAAAUCCUCACCUGCGAACAAGAUUGCGCACUUCGACCAGCGACACACCCUCGACAAGUCCGCGCCACAUCAGGCGAACACCCACCUAUUUUCUUGUCCUACGCUGCAAACACAAGGAGGCCCUCUCCUGUGUCGUAUCCAUUAUCAAUCCGUGAAUGCCCGCUUGUCACUCAAGAAGGUAGGUGACACUUGAGAGCGACAAGCAAGGGAUUUUUGUCAUCGUCGGCACGACCAAACCAUGUCCAACGAAUCGACAAGGUCGCUGCCAGCGGCCAAGCGUGUCUUUCCAGCGCGCACACUCAUACAAAGUCCGACGUCCGAGAGUCCGCCGGGCACGACACCCGGGGAGAAUCCUUUUGCUGCCUUGGCUGGACUGCGGCCGCAUUCACCAGAUCCUAGCACACACACGGCGCAGCAAGAAGGCGACAUGCUCUCGAGUGAUUCUGGCGGCGCUUCAAAAACAACUGAACGGACAAUGAGCUAUACCCAAGAACGUCAGCAACAGCAAAAAGACACACAAGAUGCGCAAGAUGCAGAUGCAAUAUUGAGAAAAUCGCAUGUCGAGCAUGAUCGAGUAUGCGAUAAUCAAGGGACCGUCACAGUGAACGACCAAGCAUCAACGACGGGUGCCGAAUCUUCUGAUUUCACAACGCGCCGGUUUGAGUACAAAACUGGCGAAGAUGGCACUCAUCUAGUGGAUACGGGUCUGCAGCAAGACAUCAAUAAUGGCGGCGUUCAAAAAUGCGAAGAUGAGCCGAUACACAUGCCCGGUGCUGUACAGGGAUUUGGUGUCAUCAUGACCCUCAGCGAAAACAAUGGAAAGCUGAUUGUACAUCAUGUCAGCGAGAAUUGCAAAGAGGUCCUUGGCCUUUCAGCGAAAUAUCUAUUUGGCCUCGAGGAUUUUUACUCCAUCUUGCCACAAGACGACAAGGAGAACCUCGAAGACCAGCUCGACUAUCUCGAAGAGUCCAACUCAUCAGAUGCGCACAUCACACUCGACAAUACAUCCGCACAAGAUGCCGAAGCGAAUGUUUCUCCAGAAGUCUUCAUCUUGCAGAUGUAUCAGGAAGACAUGUCACUACCGCCAACCAAGUGCUGGUGCGCGAUACACCGGAUGCUCGUCAAUGGCGGCUUGGUGACGCUCGAAUUUGAAUUGCUUAAAGAUACGAAAUUACCCCUUGUUGCACAACGCCCCGGCGGCAAUCAAGAGACGCGACCUGGUUUCAACAACAAAGCCGGUAUGGAGGGCGAAGGGUUUGAUGCCUUUUCAGAGGAAGAUCUACUGCUGUCGACCGUGUCUGCAUCAAAACCCUUGCGUCGUAUCCGGCGGUCUGUGAUUGAGGGCGAAGAGACCGGCACGAUGGAGAUCUUUUCACUGCUCUCGCAAAUCAACGAGCAGCUCUCGGAAGCGCAGGAUCUCAAAUCCUUUCUCAAAGUGGUCGUUGGUCUUGUCAAGGAAAUAACCAAGUUCCAUCGCGUCAUGGUUUACCAAUUCGACGAGCAUUGGAAUGGUCAGGUUGUUGCAGAGCUUGUUGACUGGAAUGAAACAAAGGAUCUCUUCCAAGGUCUCCAUUUUCCAGCUACCGACAUCCCAGCACAAGCGCGUCAAUUGUACAAAGUCAACAAAGUCCGUGUAUUGUAUGACCGUGACUUGACAACAGCCCGACUACUUUGUCGCUCGCGUGCGGACCUCGAGAAGCCGCUCGACAUGACACACAGCUUUUUGCGUGCCAUGUCGCCUAUUCACAUGAAGUAUCUUGCGAAUAUGGGUGUGCGUGCAUCCAUGUCCAUUUCCAUCACAGCUUUUGGUCAGCUCUGGGGACUUAUUGCAUGCCACACCUAUGGGCAAACUUCGAUGCGGUGCUCUUUUCUCAUUCGCAAGCUUUGUCGUCUUAUGAGUGAGCAAAUCAGUCACAAUAUUGAGCGACUGUCGUAUGCGGCACGCUUGACUGCUCGAAAAAUCAUUCACUCACCAAAUGGAAAGAAUCCCUCUGGCUAUAUCGUUUCUCGUGCUGAAGAUUUGCUUGGCUUGUUUGAUGCAGAUGUUGGCAUCUUGUCUAUUGGCGAUGAAGGCAAGAUUCUUGGACACAUCGAAAAUACCCAGGAGGCCAUGGCACUGCGCGAAUAUUUCCGAACAAAAGGUUUCAAUACAAUCAAGCCGUCCUCAGAUCUCGCUGGUGAUUUUCCAGACUUGUGCUACGAACCUGGUUUCAAAGUCGUGGCGGGUGUUUUGUUUGUACCCCUGUCACGAUCAGGAGAUGACUUUCUCCUAUUCUUCCGGCGCGGACAGCUCAAAAAGGUGCACUGGGCGGGUAAUCCCUAUGAAAAAGUGCUUGAAAAGAAUUCCGGACAGGGUACCAUUCUAUUACCGCGACAAUCCUUCAAGGUAUGGAGUGAGAGUGUUUUGGGUCGAUGCAACGAUUGGACGGAAGACCAGAUUGAAACAGCCGCAGUCUUGUGCUUGGUGUAUGGUAAAUUCAUUGAGAUUUGGCGGGAACGCAAGCAAGCACUUCAGACUUCACGAUUGGCGAGUCUGCUCUUGUCGAAUGCAGGUCACGAAGUGCGCACGCCACUCAAUGCCAUCAUCAACUACCUGGAAAUUGCGUUGGAGGGCAAUCUGGAGCCAGAGGUGCGUGAGUCACUGACAAAGUCUCACACGGCCUCCAAGAGUCUUGUCUAUGUCAUCAACGAUCUUUUGGAUUUAACGCGUUCAGAAGCCGGCAAGGAACUUUUCCGCAAUGAAGCGUUCGACCUUGGCAGCGCGAUUCGUGAAGCAAUGAGCAUGUAUCGCAGUGUUGCAGACCGUGGCAAUGUCGAACUCUCCGUCAAGGAAGAUCCCACUCUGCCGCGUCGUGUGAUGGGCGAUCAAGCCAAGAUCCGGCAAGUUGUCGGCAAUGUCACUGCGAAUGCGCUCAAGCACACAGAGCACGGAGAAGUGUCUGUUGAGACCAAAGUGCUCAAGAUGGAUAGUCAAACUGCCGAAGUGGCCAUCAUUGUCACGGACACGGGUUGUGGUCUCUCUGAACAGAAGCUGGACACAAUCUUCCAAAGCUUCGAGCUGAUUGACAGUAUGGCAGACCAGCAAUUGCCCACCAAGGACAGUGAACGGGGUACCGGCCUUGGCCUCGCGAUUGUGGCGCGCAUCGUCCGCAACAUGAAUGGCCAACUUCGUGCAGAGAGUAAAGUUGGCAGGGGCAGCAAGUUCACUUUUGUCUUCAACUUCCAAAUCGCUCGGCCGCAUUUGUCUACGCACAGGGGCUUAUCGCCAGAUCAGUCAGUCAGUACUCGCAAGCAGCACGGCGCCAACAAUUCCUCACAAAGUGCCGAUAUCUCGCAACGGAAAACAACCACAAAUGAUAGCGCUGAUAAUCUACCGCCGUCGACCAAGUCUGCCACGUAUGGGUCUUCCAUGCAUGGUCGUUCAACUGGAUCUGGUUCGAGUGCUUUGAGCGAUGGUGUCAUUGAGGUGGAUGAACAAGGCGGCCGUGCGUGGCCUUCCAAUGCUAUUCACCAAGAAAAUCGUCGUCGAGUGCGGCUGCAUCCUGCAACAUCGUCAUCCGGCUCUCUUGGCGCCGUUAAGCAGGCCUUGGAUGAGCAGCAACGGUCCAUCUCGAACAAUGAGUCGGAAAUCGAACAAUUCAUGGGCGCCAUGAUGCAAUCACCCAGCGGAUCUGCAGAGAUGUCGAAUGACUCCAUCCCUACGCGCCAACGUUCAAGCGCUGGUAAGCUUUCUGGCAGUGCUGGACCACAGCGCAGCUCAGAUUCUGGCUCGGGCGGCGUUCGUAGCCCUUUGGCUUCUGGCAGUGGAUCGGGUCGCUCGAGCGCUCGUGGUUCUGCCCAAAAUUCCGCUUCACGGUAUCGCACUCGACAAGCAGGUCGUGAACUCUCUCAGCGGAAUACUCGACCACCAAUCAGUACAUCUGGGGGUGGUGGGUCUGUUCCAGAGGCAUCUAGCACUCGCAGUUUCCACGACCGGGAUCAUGGGCUUGAAACGUUGUCAGAGGACACUGGCAGCAGUACCGGCAGGGCACCGAUUGAACCACACAUCAUCUCAAACUACGACAUGUCGAAGCAGCACUUGCGAGCAGUCAAGAUGGACUCGACAGAUGUGCGUGUGCCGCAGCGGUAUGCCAAGAGCCCAGUCAAGUCAACGACUGAUCCGACAAAAAAGCUCAACAGCUCCAAUAGCGGCGGUCAGAACGGGACGCAUUCGGGUCUACCAUCGCACAAAGCCUUGCAUGUGCUUGUUGCAGAAGACGACGCCAUCAAUCGGACUAUUCUCAAGAAGCGACUUGAGCUGGACAACCACACUGUGGAGCUGACGAUACACGGUCUCGAAUGCUACGAGGUGUAUUCAAAAGACCCUCAAAAGUUUGAUGUGAUUCUCAUGGACAUGCAGAUGCCAGUGUUGUCCGGCAUGGACGCCACAAAGAAGAUUCGCGAAUUCGAGGAGACUUGCUACGCAGAUCGUCAAGUGCGCAUUCCUAUUGUGGCUGUCAGUGCGAGUCUGAUUGAGAAGCAAGUGCCCGAGGCGCUUGAAGCUGGCUUGUGUGGAUGGAUUCUCAAGCCAGUGAGCAUCAGUCGCCUUCGACAAUUGUUUGCUGGCCUCAACGAUGCCAAGAUACGCCAGUGCGACUUGUACGGCAACCAGGACCAAGUUUGGGAGAAUGGCGGCUGGCUCACUCUUGACAUUGCCGAUGAAAUCUAACGAAAACGCCUUCAUGCGCACGAUCUCUGUGAAUUACUGGCACCUUCUUACGGGCUACGACUCGACUUCUUUUCUCCCCUCUUCUUCGCAGCUAUUCAACUUCUUGGGACUUUUGGCAGAUUCACUCUUGGCAUUCACUUCUCUUUCUUCUUCUUCAGCCAACCUCAUCUGCAAUUUCUCCUCGGUGCCUAUACCGCAUCGUAUCCCUAUAUUCAUAGCGUCUAGCAUGUCUUUUGCAGGGCCCUGCUUCCUUCCCCUACUGAUUCCUCUUGAUGUGACUUGCUACUUUCCACUGAACACGUGCGCCCUCCCUCGACGACAUCGCAGCGCACACUAGAGCGGAGCGACCAGGCCCUCGUAGCUCUUAGGGACAGCUGUUCCAUAUACUCUCCAAGCGUGCCUUUCGCGAGCGGAGACCAUCAAGAGGGCACGAGCUCCCGGUCCGUGGCUACCGGCGAGUCCAGGGUGACCGCUGGCAAGCG